CAAAGCUUGUGAUAAAGGUUGAGCUAAUAGUGGUUUCCUAUUGCGCUAUGCAGGUCGAGAACUGCAUCUCGCCAGCGAGUGAUCUUUCCAAGAAAUUUAUGAAUGUGGGCAGUGGCUUUCCGAGCUCCGAUGGAUCAGAGCUUUCGCUGCAGGACCAUCCUAUUAUAUCUGCAAGUGACAACCUGGAGAGAAGUUCACCUCUGAAAAAAAACUCUAGGGAGAUGACGAAUCAGUCAGAGGCAGACAAUUUUCCCGACUCCAAGGACGCGUCGGGGGACGUCCAGAGGGGCAAACUCUCUCCUGAUCUUCACGGAGUCACUGACAUCCGUCAUAGUUUCGAUGGAUCUGCAGGAGAACGGUGCAUCUUUUCUCCAUCUACCCAACCGCAGUCAGUCUCAGCAGCUCCCAGUGCCAUGUUCCCGUACCCGAGCCAGCAUGGACCAGCGCACCCGGCUUUUUCUAUCGGAAGUCCCAGCCGCUACAUGGCCCACCACCCGGUUAUAACUAAUGGAGCUUACAACAGCCUUCUGACCAACACUUCUCCUCAAGGCUACCCGGCGGCGGGCUACCCUUACGCACAGCAGUAUGGACACACGUACCAAGGAGGCGCUUUUUACCAGUUCUCUUCAGCGCAAGGAGGACUGGUUCCGGGGAAAGCGCAGGUGUAUCUGUGCAACAGGGCCUUGUGGUUGAAGUUUCACCGGCACCAGACAGAGAUGAUCAUCACAAAGCAAGGAAGACGAAUGUUUCCAUUUUUAAGCUUCAACAUCUCUGGCCUUGACCCAACUGCUCACUACAAUAUAUUUGUGGAUAUUAUACUCGCUGAUCCAAACCACUGGCGCUUUCAGGGAGGAAAGUGGGUGCCGUGUGGAAAAGCAGACACGAAUAUAACAGGAAAUAGAGUUUACAUGCACCCGGAUUCACCAAACACUGGUGCGCACUGGAUGCGUCAGGAAAUAUCAUUUGGGAAACUUAAGCUCACAAACAACAAAGGUGCCUCUAACAACACGGGGCAGAUGGUGGUUCUUCAGUCUCUGCACAAAUACCAGCCCAGGCUCCAUGUGGUGGAAGUGAACGAGGAUGGGACAGAAGACACCAGCCAACCUGGAAGAGUCCAGACUUUCACCUUCACAGAAACGCAGUUCGUCGCCGUCACAGCUUAUCAGAACACUGAUAUAACGCAACUGAAAAUCGACCACAAUCCGUUUGCUAAAGGAUUUCGAGACAACUAUGACACUGUCUACACAGGCUGCGACAUUGACCGCCUCACUCCAUCACCGGGUGACUCUCCGCGUUCACAAAUCGUUCCGGGUGCGAGAUACGCCAUGCACAGCUCUCUACUGCAGGACCAGUUUGUCAGCACUUAUGCCAAAUCUCGCUUUCACCCUGGCGUGGGGACUGCUCCUGGCACGGAGCGCAGCGUCCCACUCGGCAACAGCUUGCUGUCCCCGCAGCAAACCGAGGAGCCCACUGUUGCCUCCCCCCCGCAGCGAUGGUUCGUCACCCCUGCCAACAACCGACUGGACUUUGCCGCCUCGGCAUACGACGCCGCUGAUUUCGCCGGUAACGCGGCCACCUUGCUGUCCUACGCGGCGGCCGGAGUGAAGGCUCUUCCGCUGCCGACGGCGGGCUGCUCCAACCGGGCUCUUGGCUAUUACGCAGACCCGUCGGGGUGGGGAGGACGCACGCCGCCGCAGUACUGUGGCGUCAACAGCAAACCCAGCUCGGUGUUUUCCUGCUGGCCCGCAAACUCUAUCAGUGGCAGAGCCGGAGCCAACUACCUGCAGGCCGAGGAGGUGGGCGACUCCAUCCCCACGGAGAGAUCGCCCAUCAGCGGCGCCGAGGAGACCAAACCCAAGGACAUGACAUCCGAGUCGAGCUGGAUAGAGACGCCGUCCUCCAUCAAGUCCAUCGACUCGAGCGAUUCUGGGAUCUUUGAACAGGCCAAAAGGAGGAGAAUCUCGCCCUCUGCCACGCCGGUGUCAGAGACUGUGUCCCCGCUGAAAUCAGAGCUGCUGGCACCGAGGGAGUGUGAGAAGAACUGCACAAAGGACAUUGGUUAUUACAGUUUCUACCCUCACAGUUAA